CAAACGGUGCGGUAAUCAUUUUAUCUCUUUCUAACAGUAAAUGUUAUCUAAACUUCAUGCUUGCACAUGUACUGCAACUGUCAAUAAUUGCAGCUCUGAUUGUAGCUACAAACUUGUUUUACUUUUUUGGUUAGAGGAAAAUAUUGAAUGUUAUUUAUAUAUUUGUUAAUAAAACCCAACACAAAUAAAUAAUAUACAUGCAUCUUGAAUAACCUCUACGAUGGAUGACUUAGAGAAAUUAAGUUGCAAAGAAGAGACAUUGGAAGUUAGUGAUUUAGACCAUUCUGCAACAGAGGACCACAAGGAAACAGAUGAGAAACCUAAAAAGAAGAAAAGGAGACGUCGAGAAAUCGAUAUGAUAAAGUUGUCAGACGAUGAUGAGACUGAUGAUGAAGUGAUCGGCAAGAAGUUGAUGCGGCACCUCAGUCCGUGUCCAAAUUCACCGGCCUCACAUCGGGAGCCUCGAACUUGUGUACUUAAGGCCAGCCAAAAGCGUCGGCCGCUAUCCCGUUUACUGGAACAACUCCUACGUAAUCUCGAGAAGCGUGACCCGCACCAGUUCUUCGCUUGGCCUGUAAAUGACAACUUUGCUCCAGGAUACUCCACAAUCAUCAAGAGACCAAUGGACUUUUCUACUAUGAAACAAAAGAUUGAUGAUAAUGAAUACAAGUCAUUGAAUUGUUUUAUUAGCGACUUCAAAUUGAUGUGCAACAACGCAAUGAAGUACAACAAGCCGGGCACGGUGUACCACAAGGCGGCGCGGCGGCUCCUGCACGCGGGCCUCAAGCAGCUCACGCCUCAGAAGCUGCGGCCCCUCGGCGACAUACUCACAUACAUGUACGAGAUACCCAUAAGAGAGCUCGGCUUCGACAUGGGCAAGAUGGAUGUGCGCGUCCUCAAGCGAAGCAGCCCGCUGAAGAGCGGCGGCUCGGAGGCGGAGACGGUGUCGGACGGCGGACACGACCGCCAGGACUCGGGCGACAGCGUCAAGAUACAAAUGGAAGCCGCUAGGGAGCAGCACAGGCGUCGACUCGCUAAGAAAGCCUUCCCGCGCAUGGACUCCGAGGGCAAGACCACGCUCCGGCUGGUCACCAACACUGUGGAGGGCAGCGGGGACGACAAGCCACUCACGCUGGGCAGGUACAUCGGGAAACUCACGCAAGGCACCGGCUCAUUACACACACCCCGUGAAGACCGGAGGAACACAGCGAAAGGAGUGAAACCACUUUACUACGGUCCUUUUAGCUCGUACGCGCCCUCUUACGACGGCACGUUCGCAACUCUCACCAAGGAGGAGUCGCAUCUCUUAUACCACACGUUACCGUCAGAAACCGGCCAGGGCAACGAAGAAAUGCUUCGGUUCGCGCCGGACUCGCCUUGGACGGCCAUCUAUGAUAUGGAAGCGAUGUUCCCUGAUAAAAAACAACAGCCCGAACAAGGUCCCUACGUUGAAGAUAAUGACAUAUCAAAGGUGAAGGUGGAAGUGGAACAGCUACGCACCCUGUCGGAGCUGGGCAUCGACAUGGAAUUCCUGAACGAUAUAGAGGAGGAAAUCGCCGCGUCGCAGCAUGACUACGGCAUCUCGGGGGCGCUGCGGCACACGUACGAGCUGCUCAUCAAGCUAGAGAAAGAACAGAGAGAGCGGCUGUCUGCGACGCCGCCGUGGCACCUGUCGCUGUCGCGCGGCGCGGGCGGCGGCGAGCGCGAGCUGGCGCGCCAGGUGUGCGCCUGCCUGCGCGGCAUGGCCGCGCGCCUCGCGCCCCGCCACCUCGCGCCGCUCGCCGCGCUGCGGGCCGCCAUGGGCGUCACGCUCGACCAUCUCGAUACGCCAAUGGCUGUAGACGACUUUGAGAUGGAGAUGCACGAAUCCAGAGAUACAGUGUCUGAUCCUGACUCGCGCUCCAGCCACGACAAAUAAUGGCGCUGAAGGCAUAAAGAACUAGAUUUAAUUAAUAUAAGCUUAAAAUAGUGUAAGAUUUUAAUAAAUCACUAAAUUUUAUA